CUGUUUUUUUUUUUUUGUGGGAUUUCUGCCUUUGUCUUGCCCUCUUUCUUUCUUCUUCUAUUUGCUUGAGUAUAUGGUUGUUUCGCAAGAAAGUUGUAUUUUUUCUGCCGCAAAAUCUCAAAUUGGACGGCUUGUUCGUAGGGUUUGGCGGCGGCGCGGUGGGCCGACGGCAGUAACUCGGAACGACUGAGGCAGUCCACCGCCGAUACGCUUCCGCCGCCCCCGCUCCAAUCAAAAUAUCACGAAAGUUAUUGGAUCAUCACUUAAUAUCGAGAAUAGUACGUUCAACACGCAGACAAUGCACCGCUGGGAAUCCCUGAACCAUAUGAACUACAAGCUAGCGAAACUUAGGAAGGUUCAUGGGAAGCUAGCAUUGAAGUUCCUCAAGUGGAUCAUCCGGCAGCCAGGUUUCAAUAGGAUGACCCAAUUGUUCUGUAUCACUAUCCAUAUACUUGUUCGGGCCCGGAUGUAUGGUCCUGCUAAAUCAAUACUGAAACAUCUUUCCCAGAGGGAUGUUGCCUAUCACUCCCUUAUUCAUUGUCUCAUGGACACCUAUCCUCGUCGCAAGUCCAACGCAUUGGUUUUUGACAUUUUGAUUAAAUUUUAUAUUGAAGAAGGGAUGCUCAAGAAUGCUAAGAAAACUUUUCAGUUGGUCAAUUCCCAUGGAUUUACGGUCUCUAUUUAUACAUGCAAUGCUAUACUUGUUGCUCUUGCAAGGGUGGAGGGACAGCCCUCUGCUUUAUUAUUCUUCAAAUGUAUGCUGACCGGAAGGAACUGCCCAGAUGUGAGCUCAUAUAACAUAGUGCUGAACUCGCUUUGCUUAGCUGGGAAGCUUGGAAAGGCUAAUUAUAUUUUUAAUAAGAUGGAAGAAGCUGGGGUUAUACCAAAGAUUGUUACCUAUAACACACUGCUAUAUUGGUUUUGUAAGAAGGGAAGGUUCAAGGCUGCUCUUAAAAUAUUAGCUUGCAUGGACAGGAAGGGUAUUGAGGCAGAUGUGUACACAUAUAAUGUGAUCAUUAACAACCUAUGUAAAGAAAAUAGGAGUGCUAGAGCUUAUUUGUUAUUAAAACGAAUGAGGGAGAGAAAAUUAUCUCCCACUGAAAGCACAUAUAACACUCUGAUCAAUGGAUUCUGUAAGGAACAUAAGAUUAUUAUUGCUAAUUGUAUCUUUAAAGAAAUGUCGAAGUCUAAUAUGAAACCAAGUGCUAUUACUUACAAUACUUUGAUUGAUGGGUACUGUCGGAUUGGAAAAAUCCAUGAAUCUAUGAGGAUUUUAGAUGAAAUGGAAGCUGCUGGAGUAACUCCUAAUGAGAUCACCUAUGGUGCUCUUCUGAAUGGAUAUUGCAAGGCUUCAAAGAUGGAUGCUGCUGUAAAUAUUCUUGAAAAGAUGAGAUCUGAAGGUAUUACUCUCAACUGUAUAAUGUACACAAUCUUGAUCGAUGGGCUUUGCAGAGAGGGCAAGCUCAGUGAAGCCCUGCAGUUACUUAACAGCAUGCUUGAAGCUGGGGUUUCUCCAGAUGUCAUUACAUAUUCUGCACUUGUUAAUGGUUUGUGCAAAAUGGGCAAAAAAGAUCAAAUCAAACAGAUUCUAUCGAAGAUGCACAAAACUGGUGUUCUUCCAAAUGUCAUAUUUUAUGAAACAGUCAUUCAUCACUAUUGUAAAUGGGGAGAUAUCACAGAGGCAAUGAACUUGUAUGCUGAUAUAUAUCGUUUGGGCCAAGAAGCCAAUUUAAUCACUUGUAACACAUUGAUUUCUGCUCUUUGCCGAAGGGGGAAGGUUGGGGAUGCAGAGCAGUUUAUGCAACACAUGACCAGAAUGAAUCUAUAUCCUGACUGUACUAGUUUCAAUCUUCUUAUAAAUGGUUAUGGAAAUAAAGGUGAUGCUCUAGGAGCAUUUUCUGUUUUUGAUGACAUGGUGAAACAAGGUCAGCGACCUAGUCAUAUCACUUUUGGGAGUUUACUUAAAGGGUUGUGCAGGGGAGGAAACUUACAUGAGGCAAAGAAGUUUUUUACUCGAAUUCUUGAUAUUCCUUUUGCUGUUGAUCUUCAUACUUAUAAUAUUUUACUUCUAGAAAUAUGUAAAUCUGGAAACUUACAUGAUGCAUUGAUCUUUUGCGAGAAAAUGAUUCAGCAAAACAUAAUGCCUGAUAGUUAUACAUACACAAUUCUUCUAAGUGGCUUUUGCCGUAAGAAGAAGAUUGUUCCUGCAGUUAUCCUAUUUGAAAGGUUGAGUAAUACAAAUUUUUGUCCAGACCAUGUUGCUUAUACAUGUUUAGUUAAUGGUUUAGUAAAAGAAGGCCAAUUAAAGGCUGCUUCAUACAUCUUUGAUGAAAUGAUGAAUAAAAAUAGUCUAGAUCCUGAUAUUGUUGCUUUUAAUGCAAUGCUUGACGGUUACUCAAGAGCAGGGCUGAUGCUGCAUGUGGAUAAUUUGGUUCAUUUUAUGCAGAAAAGGUGUUUACUUCCAAACCUUGUGACAUAUAACAUUCUAAUGCAUGGAUAUAUCAGAAAGAAACAGCUAUUAAGAUCAUUUAGACUUUACAAAACAAUGGUUCAAAAAGGUUUCAGGCCAGACAACUUAACAUAUCAUUCACUAAUUUCUGGGCUUUGUGAGUCUGGUAUGAUUGAUAUUGGAGCAAAAUUUUUGGAAAAGUUAAGAUUGGAGGGUAUUACUCCUGAUGACUUGACUUUUAAUAUGCUUAUCACUAAGUAUUCUGACAAAAGUCAGAUGAGUGAUGCUUUCAAACUUGUGGAUUGUAUGACAAGGUUGCAGAUGUCACCAAGUGCCGAGACCUAUGAUGCGAUUAUAAGUGGACUAAACAGAAAAGGUUGUUUUCAGAAGUCCUAUAUGGUAUUGCAUGAAAUGUUGGAGAAAAGAGUCCGUAUAAAGCACACACAUUAUAUUGCACUAAUCAAUGGAAAAUGCAGGGUUGGCGAUACAUGGGGGGCAUUUAGGCUGAGGGAUGAGAUGGAAGCCCUGGGUAUAGUGCCUGCUGAAGUUGCUGAGAGCACUAUUGUAAGGGGCCUUUGUAAGUGUGGAAAACUUGGAGAAGCAAUGCUUGUUUUCAGUCACAUGCUUCGCAAAGGUGGAGUGCCAACAACUGCAACAUUUACCACUCUUAUGCAUGGGCUUUGCAAAGAAGCUAUGCUUGCUGAUGCUUUGUAUUUGAAGGAUGUCAUGGAAAAUUGUGGCUUAAAACUGGAUAUUAUUACAUAUAAUGUACUUAUUUCAGGAUUUUGCAGCAUAGGUUGUCUUUCUGAUGCUUGGCGACUGUAUGAGGAGAUAAAACAGAAGGGCCUCUGGCCUAAUAUCACAACAUAUACUAUGCUCAUUGAUGCUGUCCACAAGGAACAUAAGAUUUUUGAAGCAGACAUACUUUUGAAAGAUAUAGAAACUAGAGGUCUAAUUUCUUCACAAGGAAAUUCCAAAACUAUUUGUGAGGGUUUGGCAAAUGCUGUGAGAAGGUUAAAUGAAUUAAGGCAUUGCAGGAGAACUAUCUUGAAAUAACAUUCUUUCUGGAGUUCUCUUAGUACAUGGUUCAGGGCUUCAAGCUGCCUUUCAUGUUGCAACAGAACUUUAGUGAUCGUUGUGCCAAGGCAAUGCUUCCUGGACAGAAGGAUGUUGAACAGAUUAUCCACUUAAAUGGACAAUCUACUUCUGGUGGUUUCUUGCUGUUGGCUGGCAGUUUAUUGAGUACCAAAGUUGCAAACAUGGAUUUUUCUCCAGCUGAUUGUAAAUUUACCAAUAGGAGUUCUGAGAGGACAAGUAUGAGCUGAAAGAUGUUGCCUGUAGGCCUUGUACAUUGUAUUCUCAAGGAAAGUCAUAAUCAUAUAUUACUAUGGUUAAUAUAAAGUUCUAAGUUUCCCUAUGCUCCCUAUUGUGCUCAUUGCAUAUUAGCUAACAUGUUUUUACACUUUGUUACUAGAUUCUGUGACGAUGGUAGUUCUUCGGCGACAUAUUUCCAUGAUUGUUGGAUACAGAAGAUGGAUGAACAUCUUUUUGUGGAUUCGGUCAUGCAAAGACAUCUUUUUAUGACUCCAAAUCGUGGUGAACUAUGGCACCUACUGAGGACACAGGUUUUCAGCCUGUUUAUAACUCAGCUUCAUUGCCUGCAGUUUUUAUCAUUGAUCCAUCACUGGUUUAUAAGUGGUGUAAUAGCAGAAGAGUUAUGAUGCUUAUGGAGGUGUGAAUUUUCCUGUCGGUCUUGUGUCCUCACAAAAGAAAUGCAUGCCUCAAGUUGCAUGAUGCAAGCAAAGCAUUUGUUUGAGGUUGUCUCUUAUGCAAAGUUUUGGUAAAUGUGUUGCCCAUUCAAUGGGGGGCGAACAAAUGGAACAUGCUGCUCUUCCUCAGAAAUUUCAAGGAAGUUCGAUUGGAGAAUACGAGAUGAUCGCAAUGGUGGAAGCUGCAGCCUUAAAAGAUGAUUAGCUCGAGUAUACCAACCUCAGAUGACUUUGCCGGUAGAGAUGGAUAUCAACAUCUUGACUACUCUCUUAGAUAAAAGUUAGGGUUGAUUGUGGAAUCUUUUAACUAUCCUUAUGAAUUGUUUACAGUUGACGAAUACUUUUGUUGAAUGUUCUUAUGAGCCUAUGUAUAGAAAAUCCAAUAAGGUUGCUGAUUGAGAUCUUUGGGGGAUGG